AUGGAGAUGGUCCUCAUCUUCACCUUCUGCCUGAUUCUAGCUGGUACUGAUGCUGUAACUACAGUAACUGGAUACAGAGGACGAUCAGUUCAGAUUAAAUGUCCCUACACAUCUGGAUAUGAAAACUACAACAAGUAUCUCUGCAGAGCCAGAGUCUUCACCGUCACCAUCACUGAUCUGAGACCAGAGGAUGAAGGAACUUACUGGUGUGCGAUAGAGAAGACAUGGCAUGAUAAAUACACAGAGAUUCUACUGCUGGUUGAAAAGAAUGCCCCUGCAAUCAGUACUGUCUCAGACACUACACACACCACACACUCCACUUCGACAGAGUCCAUGAGUACAUCACUGCAUGCUGAGAGCACACAUUUAACAACAGCAAAUCUACUUAAUGAUGUUACCCACCCAACCCCCGUUCCCACAUCUCAUGAAAUUCCAACCGUCAUCACGGCUGUGUCUGUGGUUCUGGUGCUGCUUCUCCUUGCCCUUUUAUUAGCUGUUGUCCUGCAGAGAAAAAAGAAGAUCCAAGGUUCAUCUCCAAUUCAACCUGCACAAAGCUCCUUAAAACGGCAAGUGGUUCCAUGUCCUGAUUUCGGUGAGAUUAAGAGCAGCAGAAGUCUUUCUAACACACUUUACUCCACUGCUCCACCUCCCUCAAAUCCCUCAGAGAUUUAUUGCAACACUGGAUUACCAGGAGUUCCCUCUGAUUAUUCACAAGCUGUUUAUACUACAGUAGAUCACCCAUCAGAUCCUCCUGAUCAGGACUUCUACUCCACAGCUCAGUUACCAACAAUUCCAUCUAACUCAUCAGUCAGCGCUGCUCCAUCAUCAGGGGUGAAAUCUCCUGAAAGUCUAAUGUACGCAGCAGUGAGUUUUGACACCAGGAAUGAUGGUGCAGCUCCAGCAGUGAUCUACAAACCCAAGAACAAUUCAUGUGAAUAUGCCACUGUUAACAAAAAUAAACACAGCUAGUUGGCAUAAAUCAGAAUGCUAGUUCUGAUUCAUUUGCAAUUUAUAUAUUGCAGUUCUAUCUGCUAUAAUGCUAUUUAAUUGUCCAACCUGAUUGAUCAAAAGGUCAAUUUACAUUCUAUACCAUUUAAAUCUAAAUUUUAUAUUUGUAUUAAUUAUGAAUAAAAAGUUUGUUUAGUUUUAAUAGUGAAAUUUGUCACAUAUAAACUUUGUAUUGCUUAAUUGUGUGUAUAUGCAUCCCCCGGUCACAUUAUUAGGUACACCUUUUUAACUGCUUAUUAACACAAAUAUCAGGUUAGCCAACCAAAUGGCACCAACUUAAUGCCUUUAGGCAUGUAGACAUGGUCAAGAUGAGCAUCAGAAUUGGUCUACAGCAGUAAAAGACCACACCAGAUGCAACUUAUGUCAGCUAUAAAAGGAAACUGAGGCCAACAAUUCACAUGGGCUCACCAAAAUUGGACAAAAGAAGAUCAGAAAACUUUGCCUGGUCUGAUGAGACGAUUUCUGCUGCAUCCAGUCCAAUAGAUCAUGAAAGUUGUGUAAUGAGAUUUAGAUUACAAGAGAUAAAGAUUUACAAAUAAGCAUGGUUAAUUUUUAAAGGAGUAUACACAAAAUAAUUCUCUAUCACUUUCAAAAUAGCAUAUCUGUUCGUAUAAUAACUUGUAUUAUGCCAUAUUAUUUGGACGUUGGUGGGCAUAAUUCAGGUUUAUUAGUGAUAUUGCUGCUUAUAGAAUCCUUCCUGUUUAUUCAGAACUAACAGUUUGGUCGGUAUUAACUAUAACAUUCAAAUCAGUUUUAUUUAUAUACAGCUUUUUACAACUGUUACUGUCACAAAGCAGCUUUACAGAAUCAAAGGAAUAUUAUUGAAAUAAGUAUGAAAUGUGUGUCGGAAUAUGUAAACAUCAAAAUGAUCAGAAUGUCCCUGAUGAACAAGCCGAUGGUGAGGGGGGAAGGAAAAACUUUGAGAUUCAUCAACAGAGGCCAUAAAGCUCUGUGAUGUUGCUUCCAAGCUCAAGCAUGUUUGAGUGCGCGCACACACACACACACACACACACACACAC